CCGUCGGUGGCGGGAGAUUCCAGCAUGGCGGUGCAACCGAAGCAGAACAUUUGCAUGGACAGUGCAGCCGAAAAUGGCUUCCUUAACUUUAUUUUCUCCAUGCCGGAGAAGCCAGACACCACGUUUAGGAUAUUUGACCGCAAUGACUACUACACCGUUCACGGGAAAGACGCUAUCUUUGCAGCCAAGGAGGUUUUUAAGACCAAUGGGGUCAUCAAAAACUUAGGAUCAGGGAGUCGCAAACUGGAGAGUGUGAUCCUAAGCAAGCUGAACUUUGAGGCUUUUGUGAAAGACCUGCUGCUGGUGAGGCAGUACAGGGUGGAGGUGUUCAGGAACCACAGCAAGAGCAGCAGGGAGCAGGACUGGAGGAUCGAGUACAAGGCAUCUCCGGGAAACCUGACUCAGUUCGAGGAGAUUCUGUUUGGCGGUGGAGCCGGGGCGGAGGGCUGUGCCGGAGUGGUGGCUGUGCGCUUCGCGGCCGGGGCCGACGGACAGCGCUCGGUCGGGGUCGGAUACGUAGACGCGGCGCAGAGGACAAUGGGAGUGUGCGAGUUCCCCGACAACGAGAUCUUCUCCAACCUCGAGUCCCUGCUCGUCCAGAUAAGCCCCAAGGAGUGUCUCUUGGCCCAGGGGGACUGCAGCACCGAUGGGAACAAGCUGCGGGAGGUGGUGCAGCGUGGCGGCGUGCUGGUCUCUGACAGGAAGCGAGCUGAUUUCAGUAGCAAAGACAUAGUCCAGGACCUCAACAGGCUGCUGAGGGCUAAGAAAGGAGAGACGGUGGCGAGCAACACCCUGCCUGAGCUGGACAAGCAGGUGGCCAUGUCCUGUUUGGCUGCAGUGGUGCGUUACCUGGAAUUGCUCUCUGAUGAGUCCAACUUCAACUCCUUUAGUCUCACCACUCUGGGCCUGGGCCAGUACAUGAGGCUGGACAACGCUGCCGUCAGGGCUCUGAACCUCUUCCAGGGCUCACCCGAUGACACCAGCGGAGCUCACUCGUUGGCCGGUUUGCUGAACAAGUGCCGCACGCCGCAGGGUCAGCGGCUGGUCAAUCAGUGGAUCAAACAGCCGCUCAUGGACAAAGCCAAAAUCGAGGAGAGGCUGGACCUGGUGGAGAGUUUUGUGUGCGACUCCGAGCUGAGGCAGACCUGCCAGGAGGACCUGCUGCGGCGCUUUCCUGAUCUGCACCGCCUGGCCAAGAAGUUUCACCGCCACACGGCCACACUGCAGGACUGCUACCGGGUCUUCCAGGCCGUGAGCCAGAUCCCGGCCCUGAUCUCUGCCCUGGAGAGAUACUCAGGAAGCUACCAUGUUCUGCUGCAGACUGUGUUCACCUCUCCUCUCAAAGACCUCCAGAACGACUUCACAAAGUACCAGGAGAUGAUUGAAACCACACUGGACAUGAACCAGAUCGACCACCAUGAGUUCCUGGUGAAGGCGUCUUUUGACCCGGUCCUGAGCGAGCUGAGAGAAAAGAUGGACGCGCUGGAGAAGAACAUGCAGACGGUGCUCUCCGCCGCAGCCAGAGAACUUGGUCUGGAUGCCGGAAAGACGGUGAAGCUGGAGUCCAACGCCGUGCUGGGCUUCUACCUGCGAGUCACGUGCAAGGAGGAGAAGAGCCUGAGGAACAACAAGAAGUUCACCACGCUGGACGUCCAGAAGAACGGCGUGCGCUUCACCAACAGCAAGCUGAGCGCCCUGAACGAGGAAUACACCAAAAGCAGGGAGGAGUACGAGGAGGCCCAGAACGCCAUCGUCAAAGAGAUCAUCAACAUUGCCUCAGGUUACGUGGACCCCCUCCAAACGCUGAGCGACGUGAUCGCCCAGCUGGACGGCGCGGUCAGUUUGGCCGUGGCGUCCGUCUCCGCUCCCGUCCCGUACGUGCGGCCGCGCCUCUUAGACGAGGGCUGCAGGCGCAUGGAGCUGCUGCAGGCCCGGCAUCCCUGCAUGGAGACGGACGCCGACACCGCCUUCAUCCCCAACGACAUCACCUUCGUCCAGGGCGAGAGGAGCUUCUACAUCAUAACGGGACCAAACAUGGGCGGCAAGUCCACUUUCAUCCGGCAGGUGGGCGUCAUCGCCCUCAUGGCUCAAAUCGGCUGCUUCGUUCCCUGCGAGAAGGCGGAGCUCAGCGUGAUUGACAGCGUCCUGGCCCGAGUGGGAGCAGGAGACAGCCAAGUAAAGGGAGUGUCCACCUUCAUGGCCGAGAUGCUGGAGACCGCUGCCAUUCUGCGGUCGGCCACCGAGAAGUCGCUCAUCAUCAUCGACGAGCUGGGCAGGGGCACGUCCACCUACGAUGGCUUCGGGCUGGCCUGGGCCAUCAGCGAGCACAUCGCCUCCGCCGUGGGCUGCUUCUGCCUCUUCGCCACGCACUUCCACGAGCUGACCGCGCUGGCCGCCCAGCAGCCCACCGUCCACAACCUGCACGUCACGGCCCUGACCUCGCACGACACGCUCACCAUGCUGUACCGGGUCAAAGCAGGUGGCCGCCCCUCGCCCCCCAACGCUGAGCGCCCAAGCGUUUGCGACCAGAGUUUUGGAAUCCACGUUGCGGAGCUGGCCAGCUUCCCGCCGUCGGUGCUGGCGGUGGCGAAAGAGAAGGCCGAGGAGCUGGAAGAGUUCCAGGAGCCAGCUGGGGACAAGUCUGAGCAGGAGGACGAGCCCGAGGCCAAGAGACAGCGGACCGACAAACAGGUGGGAGAAAACCUGAUCCAAGACUUCCUGCAGAAGGUGAAGUCACUUCCUGUUGCCACCAUGUCUGAGGACGAGGUGAAGGCGGAGCUCAGGAGAAUGAAGCAGGAGCUGGUUUCCAAAAACAACGCGUACAUCGGCGGGAUCCUCGCUCGCUGCGUUCCCACAGAAACGGCCUGAUGUUUGUGUCCUGUUUUCUCAUCAGCUUGAAGCUUCUCCACCGUAUGAAUCCACACUAUAGCGCUACCAUUGUAUAGUUUUUCAAUAAAGGA